AUGGUUCUACUAGUCCUUUGCGAUAAAUCCUUCGUUGUAGGAUUACGUGAACGUAAAGCAGCCAAUCCCGCAGGGGUUAGGAUUGAUUGUCGUAAAGGGAAAAAGGAUAAUCAGCUGAAAAGCGCAAAUCAAGGAAUGAUCGAGAUGGCGGAAUCAGCCGUCGCUGCAACUGUGAGCAGUGUGCGAAAAAACCAUCAGAAGUUGAUGGAGCAAGCAGUCCGACAAGAACAGCUGUCGCAGGCUUUGGCUGGAAAUGAAAGUCUGGUAAGUCGAAAUGAACAUGAAAAAAAAUCGAUCUUCGGGUCACUAUUAGCUGAAAACAUUUUAGCAAUUGAAGAAGAUGAAGCUGUUUGUGCAGUGGACUUCUCCAACUUAAUGAAGUUUUACUCAGGAGAAGGUGAAGAGACCUUCGCCGAAUUUAUCCAAAAGUUUGAAGAUUUUGCAGCUCAGCAGUCUACAGUGUGGGAUGACAAGACAAAAUUGGCCAAGCUGAAGCUUCUGCUGACAGGUGAGGCAAGGGAGAGGUUCGAAACCGCGUGUCAAGGUUCGGCAGACGCUCUGACGUACGCCGAUGCGAAGAAAAAUCUGCUUCAAAGCUACAAACUGGACAGCGAGCACUCAGAAGUUCUGAGUGAACUACACUCAAUCAGACAGGGGGAUGGCGAAUCGGUGGACGAUUUCUAUGUGCGAGUCAAAAAGAUGGUGAGUCGACUAAUGCCGGAUAGUACUCCUGAAGCCUUGAAAAGUCGGUGUAAGGAAGAAUUUGUCUUUAGAUCACGCGAUGAAAUUUCCAAGCCGGUGCAGCGGGUAGAUGUUCCCACCUUGGAAGCAGCUAGGCAGAGGGUUCGAACAAUUGAGAGCUCCCUGAGGCGAUCCGAGCUACAGAGGACAGAGGAUGCUCUGAGGAAGCUGGGACUCGGUGUUAAUGCGGCCAUGGCCGUCCCAGGCGCUGCUCCACCUGUGGGGUAUGUCAUGCCCAAGCCGGCCCAAAAAGGCCUGAGUGGACGAUACAGGGGAUCAGCGGUCCUUGUCUCGAACUCAGCGCAGCAAGAGCCCGCGGUACCCAGGGCGAACCCUGGCCCGGCGCCUGGGGGCCGCGUUGGUCUUCAACUUUGUAACCGAGUAUAG